GCGCGGUGGGAGAGGCGGCAAGGCAGCGGCAGUGCGGGAGGCAGAGCCCGGGCUCGGCCGGCUGCUGAGAGGGAAGAUGAGCACGGAGGACUCUGGCAAUGGGACCUCUCCCACCACACCUCUCCUUGGGCUUCUGGAGCCGGUGCCACCCAGUGCCGCAUUCCCUGAGGUGACAGACUGGCUGCCCAUCAUCGUUGGGCUCGUCUGCAUCUUCCUGGUGCUGGCCACCCUCCUCACCUUUGUCACCCUCUGCCAGCCAGUGGCGCUGGGCCGGUCCCUCUGGGGCCCCCAGGAGCACCUGCCCCACCACCCCGUGGACGCCAGCGAGCCCCAGCUGAGGCUCUGGAAGCGUCUGGGCUCCCUGAGGUGCUCCAUCAGCAGCUUCAGGAGGAGCCAGCUGGUGUCUCAGAUCCCCCUGGCCUGUCCCAGAAGCUUCUGCAGCAGCCAGGACUGGGACAUCAUGGAGUCCACCAGAAUGUGAUCUCGUCCUGCUCCUCCUUCCCAAGCUUUUGGCUCUUUUCUCAAGCAUCCCUUGGUAUCCUGAGUAGAGACCCUUUGAGCGACUCAUUUCCAGGCUCUGUGAGGUGACAGGAAAUUUUGCAAUGUCAGGUUCCCAAAUGCUUUCCAGGUUACUGCUUCCUGCCAAGGAAGGUAGAGGCAUCCAAACUACACCCACGCACAGCUACCACCAGGCAGUCAAAAAAAAAAAAAAAUCCUGCUGCUUCAUUUCUUUUGGAAAACACUGUGCAAGUUGUGCUCCACCUGAACAAACAGCCUGGAAGAGAGUGGGAGCAACCUGGCUACCUGAAGAGAGGCAGCCCAGGGCAAACCUGCUCCAUAGAAAGCAAUCCUCAGUGGAGGUUUCCCCCUGAGCUGUGCUCUGGAGCAGGUGGAGGGAGGCUCGUGUCCCCACAUGCUGCCUGGUCCCUGUCCCCCCGCUCCAUGCUGACUGAGCUGUGGGUUGCUGUGGUCGAUGCAUUCCCAUUCCUGCUCUCCGGCCCUGGUCUGCCCGGUUUUGGGAGAAAGGGAUGGGGAAACAUUUAGAAAGUCUCCUGCUGCCCUGGGGAUGUGGGGAUGCAUUGAAGGGAGAGACCUUCUGUACAAAUGGUUCACGCUGAAGGUGUAAAUUAAACUAAAGCCGGGCGAUGGCUCAUUUCUGUUUGUCUUCCGUGUUGUUCUGUGGAAAAACAGCUUCCCCCAGUUACUUCCUCUCUUUUGCCAUGGACUUCCAAGGGCAUCCCCCUCUUCUGGGAAGCGGGUUCUAAGAAAAGGCACUUUGCUGCC